CGGCAAAACAGAGUCAGCUUCGCCUCAAAUGGAUACCAUCUCUCCAGUCACUCAACUACAUCAAGAAGCUAGUGCUCCUCGGCUUCAAAUAACCAGUGCAAAGACUCUAGCUGAAUCUUCCAACCUCACUUCCAUUCCCUCCCACUACGCCUUCACCACCCCCACUUCCGGUGAUCAAGCCGUUCAUGCCGACCAUGAUGACUCCAUCCCCGUCAUCGACUUCUCUCUCCUCUCCUCGAGUAAUCCCGAUCAACGGUCUAAAGCCGUCUCCGAUCUUGCAAAGGCUUGUCAAGACUGGGGCAUCUUCAUGCUGAUCAACCACGGAGUGCCUCAGAGUCAAAUGAAGGCGACGGUCGACGCGCUGAUGGGAUUUUUCGAUCUGACAGAGGAGGAGAAGAAUAAGUUUCUGGGGAAGCACGUGUUGGAUCCCAUAAUAUACGGGACGAGCUUUAAAGCUUCGAUCGACAAAGUGCUCCUCUGGAGAGAUUUUCUGAAGAUGAUGGUGCAUCCAAAGUUUCACUGCCCUCCCAAGCCAGAAGGAUUGAGUGAAGCUUUAGCAGAGUACACUGGGGAGCUCCGGAAAUUAGCCAGGGAAUUGCUCAAGGGUAUAUCGGAGAGCCUAGGACUCGGACCAGGCUAUAUCGACGAGGCAAUGAACAUGGAUUCAAGCCUACAGAUAUUAGCAGCGAAUCUGUAUCCGCCAUGCCCACAGCCAGAACUUGCUAUGGGCCUACCCUCGCACUCGGACUAUGGCCUGUUGACCAUCCUCAUGCAGAAUGACAUUGGCGGCCUCCAAGUGAACCAUGGCGGGAAGUGGGUCAAAGUUGAUCCCAUUCCGAAUGCCUUUGUGGUCAACACCGCUGAUCAGCUCGAGAUUAUGAGCAAUGGGAAAUACAAGAGCGUUCUGCAUCGAGCUGUCUUGAACAACAAGACUACAAGGAUAUCGAUCCCUUUUUCUGUUGGACCGUCGCCCAACACUGUCGUUGUGCCAGCGGAGCAGCUGGUGGAUGGCAAGCACAACCAAGCCACAUACAUCUCGAUGAAUUACAAGGACUACCUGGAAUUUAAACAGAGCAGAGUACUCAAUAAAGGGUUGUGCCCAAGUCAGAUAAUACUGAGCAUGAAGCUUAACGAGGAGCAAGACUUGACUCAUGGGCUAGAGGGACAAAGGCAAAUAGCCUUUAUAGCCGCCCAGGCUGUUGAAUCCGAUGAGUUGGAAGCAUUGGAAGCAGCUUUCAGUCUCGACAGGGCUAGGCCACUGAAUCUAAGUCUAGCCAGUGCCAAGUCUUUCUUGAAGGGGAGUGCAAGCCAUUGUAUGAAUAUAGGUUCUUCCACUUGGAAUAGAGAUGGCAGCUCGAAAUUUGGUAGGGCUACUUCGUGGAUUCUGCUCUGA